CUUAGGCUUUCGGGACGGCGGCGGGAAGAUGGCGGCCCCCAGGGAUGGGUUUGAAGCCGUGGAGGCAGAGGGCAGCGCAGGGUGCCGGGGGAGCUCGGGAAUGGAGGUGGUGCUUCCCUCGGAUCCCGCCGUCCCCGCCCCGCUGUGCCCUCACGGACCCACUCUUCUGUUUGUAAAGGUGACCCAAGGGAAAGAAGAAACUCGGAGGUUUUAUGCCUGUUCAGCCUGUAGAGAUAGAAAAGACUGUAAUUUUUUUCAGUGGGAAGAUGAAAAGUUGUCAGGAGCUAGACUUGCUGCCCGAGAAGCUCAUAACCGAAGAUGUCAGCCUCCCCUGUCCCGAAGGCAGUGUGUGGAAAGGUACUUGAAGUUUAUUGAGUUGCCCUUGACUCAGAGAAAGUUUUGUCAAAGAUGUCAGCAGUUGCUGUUACCAGAUGACUGGGGGCAACAUAGUGAGCAUCAGGUUCUGGGUGACGUGUCCAUCACCCAGUUAAGAAGGCCCAGUCAACUCCUUUAUCCACUGGAAAACAAGAAGACAAAUGCCCAGUAUCUGUUUGCUGAUCGGAGCUGUCAGUUCUUGGUAGACUUACUUUCUGCCCUUGGAUUCAGAAGAGUACUGUGUGUUGGAACACCAAGGUUGCAUGAGCUGAUCAGGUUGACAGCAUCAGGUGACAAGAAGUCUAACAUUAAAAGCCUUUUAUUGGAUAUUGAUUUUCGGUAUUCACAGUUUUAUAUGGAAGAUAGCUUUUGCCAUUAUAAUAUGUUUAACCAUCAUUUCUUUGAUGGAAAGACUGCCCUUGAAGUAUGCAGAGCAUUUUUACAGGAAGAUAAAGGCGAAGGAAUCAUUAUGGUGACGGAUCCUCCGUUUGGUGGCUUGGUUGAACCUUUGGCUAUUACAUUCAGGAAGUUAAUUGCUAUGUGGAAAGAAGGUCAAAGCCAAGAUGACAGUCACAAAGAACUACCCAUUUUCUGGAUUUUCCCCUAUUUUUUUGAAUCCCGAAUUUGUCAGUUUUUUCCAAGCUUCCGGAUGCUGGAUUACCAGGUAGAUUAUGAUAAUCAUGCACUUUAUAAAUACGGAAAGACAGGUCGAAAACAGUCUCCCGUGCGUAUUUUCACCAACAUUCCGCCCAACAAAAUAAUCCUUCCUACUGAAGAAGGGUACAGAUUUUGCUCUCUGUGUCAACGAUAUGUUUCUCUAGAGAAUCAACACUGUGAGCACUGUAAUUCUUGCACAUCCAAGGAUGGCAGGAAAUGGAACCAUUGCUUUCUCUGUAAAAAGUGUGUAAAGCCUUCCUGGAUCCACUGUAGCAUUUGCAAUCACUGUGCUGUUCCAGAUCACUCUUGCGAGGGCCCCAAAGAUGGCUGCUUUAUUUGUGGUGAAUUGGAUCAUAAACGCAGUACUUGUCCUAACAUUGCUACAUCUAAAAGAGCUAACAAAGCUGUCGGAAAGCAGAAGCAAAGAAAAAGUAAUAAGAUGAAAAUGGAGACCACGAAAGGACAAUCCAUGAAUCAUACAUCUGCUACAAGGAGAAAGAAAAGGAGGGAAAGAGCCCAUCAAUAUCUUGGCUCUUAAAUGUCCAGUGACUUGAGAAUAAGAAAGAUUUAUGGUCCAACCUUUGAUGCCAUUUUCUGAAAGUGCCACACUGGACUUAAAUUCAGCCGCUUCCAGAGGUAUGCACCUUUCUGAGCUAGAUAACAGGCAGGUGGCAUUUGCUGGCUUACAGUCCCUUAUCUGCCUCUCUGGAGACUGGGAGUUGUUCCAUCUUCAGCCAGUUUACUAGUUCUUUCAGCAUUCAUUUUUCCUCAUUUUAAGUCUCUCCCAGUCGCAUUAUUCUAUUUUUAUUUUUUUUGAAACGGAGUCUUGCUCUGUCUUCCAGGCUAGAGUGCAAUGGCAUGACCUCAGCUCACAGCAACCUCUGCCUCCCGGGUUCAAGCGAUUCUCCUGCCUUAGUCUCCUGAGUAGCUGGGAUCACAGGCACAUGCCACCAUGACUGGCUAAUAUUUGUAUGUUUAGUAGAGACAGGGUUUCACCAUGUUGGCCAGGCUGAUCUCGAACUCCUGGCCUCAAGGGAUCUGCCUGCCUUGGCCUCCCAAAGUGCUGGCAUUACAGGCAUGAGCCACCUCACCUAGCUUCUGUCACAUUAUUCUAGCCUCUUUAAUCUAGAAAAUGCAGACAGCAUUCUUUUGCAGAAGAUGUCAGAAGAAAACGAAAGUGAAAACCUAUGAAGUUUGUCUACCUUGAACAUAAAAGUAUGUUCAUUUAAAUAGGAAAAUAUUUUAUGUUAAAUAUGAAACAAUAGUUUAAACCCCACUUGAAAAGUACAGUGUACAAUUAUUUUCAGACUGAAUUUGAAGAUGAUGGAAAGAGUUUUUACAAAGGCACUGUAUAGAUAUAGAGAUUGUAAUUUUAAUUACAUUAUUAUUAAAUAUUUAUUUUCCAUGUACUUUUUGCAGUUGUCUUUUGAUGGUCUAGAAUCACUUAAAUGCUUGUUGAAUGAGUGAGAUGUUUAGAACUAAGACUUGCUCUGUCAUUCCAGUGUCUUUUAACCUAUGCAGUAAGUUUCUCUCUUUGUAAAAGUAGUUCGGAGCAGAAGUCAGGAGAGUUUAGUAAUUAAACUCCUCAUUCCUACCCUUAACGUUUCCUGGCUAUAUGAUCUUGGCCAGGCCACUCUCUCUCUAAAAGCCCUGGUUUCUUCAUUAUUAUAAUGGGGAGAAUAUCAGCUAUACCUGAGGUUUGUUUUGUGAUUAAAUUUUAAAUGAGACCCAA